CUGAAUGCAUAUGAAUUACAGGUUGGUUCCUGCACUACAGGUGGACCUGUGGCAGCCCAGCAGCCCCUUCCACAUCGUUGAAGGUAUGGUCACCGACGUGCGAGUACCCCAGAACACAUCCCGAAGCCUGCUGCCCUACCUCCAGCAAGCAAACAUCCAGUACACGAUUCUCAUAUCAGACCUACAGAAAGCAAUAGAAAACCAAACUGGGCUGAGGUCAUAUAGGAAUCGAAGGUCCCUCUUUGGGUAUAACUAUGAAGUGUAUCACUCCCUGGAAGAAAUCCAGGGUUGGAUGCAUCAUCUGAAUAAAACUCAUUCAGAUCUUGUUCACAUGUUCUCUGUUGGAACAUCCUAUGAAGGGAGACCACUGUUUGUACUCAAGUUAGGUAAAAGAUCACGGCCCUACAAGAAAGCUGUCUGGAUAGACUGUGGGAUACAUGCAAGAGAGUGGAUUGGCCCUGCCUUUUGCCAGUGGUUUGUGAAAGAAGCUCUUCAGACAUACCAGACUGAUCCUGCCAUGAGAAAGAUGCUAACUCAGCUGUAUUUCUAUAUCAUGCCUGUAUUUAAUGUGGAUGGAUAUCAUUUUAGCUGGACAAAUGAUCGAUUUUGGAGAAAAACAAGAUCAAAGAACACAAGGUUUCCCUGUCAUGGUGUUGAUGCUAAUCGCAACUGGAAGGUGAAAUGGUGUGAUGAAGGUGCUUCAUUUCACCCCUGCGAUGACACCUACUGUGGUCCCUUUCCUGAGUCUGAGCCUGAAGUAAAGGCUGUUGCUCAUUUUCUCCGCAAACAUCGGAAACAAAUAAAAGCCUAUUUGUCCUUCCAUGCAUAUGCACAGAUGCUGCUGUACCCUUACUCUUACAAAUAUGCAACUAUUCCAAACUUCAGCUGUGUGGAAUCAGCAGCCUAUAAUGCUGUUAACGCUCUUCAGUCAGCCUAUGGUAUAAGAUACAGAUACGGUCCUGCAUCUAGCACUUUGUAUGUGAGUUCUGGUAGCUCUAUGGACUGGGCCUACAAAAAUGGCAUCCCCUACGCAUUUGCGUUUGAGCUGCGUGACACCGGCCAUUUUGGAUUUUUACUUCCCGAGACGCUGAUCAAACCAACCUGCACAGAGACCAUGCUUGCAGUUAAAAAUAUAACUCUUCAUCUGCUGAAGAAAUGUCAUUGAGAGCUAUUUCUAGGAGCUGGAAGUGAGCGCUUUACUCCCAGUGCUGAUGCCUUUCAGUGUAUUCAGUUGCCAUUCUAAGCUUGGCCACUUCAAAAUUAUAGAAGCUAAUGGGAAAUAUGGUAUUGUUUCUGCCAGACUUACGUGGUGGGAAAUGGAAAACAUAAUUUAAUAUCUGCUCUACAGAAGUCCAUAAAGCUGAUAUACUGACUUAGUUACCAGUUUGGUGUAAAAUAGUCUGUUCUUUUUGCAAUAAAGCUUUGAUACUGCAACUUCAGUGGGGCAAGUCCAGGUCCACAUACAGGUGCCUGAAAUAAAAUUCAACUUCCAGACAGUCCCUGGCCUUACUCCUUUCCCUAACAGUAAGGCUUCCCUUAGUGGGGUCUUUCGAACCAAGGGAUAAAGUUUACAUUCAUGUAU